CAAGAUCUUGACUCCAUGAGCCUCAAAGAUCUUCAGAAUCUUGAACAACAACUUGACACUGCUCUCAAGAACAUCCGAUCUAGAAAGAAUCAACUCUUGUACGAUUCCAUCUCCGAAUUGCAGCGAAAGGAAAAGGCAAUACAAGAGGAAAACAGCAUGCUGUCGAAGCAGAUCAAAGAGAAGGAGCAUGAAAUAGGGCAGCAGCCAGAGUGGGAGCACCAAAAUCACGGCCCUAACGCACCACAAAUGCCACCACCACCACCACCGCCGCCGUUCUUGAUGGCCACCCCCCAUCAACUCCCUGCCUUGAACAUCGGGCAUGGAUACGUUGAGGAAGCGACAGAGACGGGUACGAGGAAGAAUGAGCUUGACCUCACUCUUGAUUCACUCUAUUCAUGCCAUCUUGGAUGCUUUGCUGCCUGAAAAUUGGCCAUUUAAUUAACUUUCUGCAUGCGGGCUAAGGAAUAAUUAAUAUAUAUUCAGAGGCUUGUGACUUAAUUGUUCGUCUGUUGUUUUGUGUGUUUAAUCAAAUCUUGAUGACA